AUGCUUUGCCAAAGAGCGAAGCAAUCCACACGGCAUCCAACUUAUAUUUUUGCUUUUCGAAACGAAUCAACAGCACCAAGAAGAACAAGAAGCAUACAUAGGGCUUGCUUCUAUGUCCGUGAAAAUGUUGUUGCGAAUCAGAAACAAAACGUCAAAGCUCCAUGGUUGGCAACAUUUUUUUCUUGCUCCGUCUCUGUCCACCUUUACAUAAUAAUACUAGUUGGAACGAGAGCUGUAGUCUUGCUCGAUAAAUUUGGGCUGCUGCAGUUGCAUGACGUUCCAUCACCAAAUUUUCACCAGGGCUUUACGUUUCGCUCAGGUACCCAUGUUUCGCUCAGGUACCCUAUGGGAUUUUACACAGCAAUAUUUAUAGAGUGAAAUGUCGCAUAGAGUAAUAUUGCGACAAGGAAGCGUCGUCAUUUGAAAAGUGGAAUCCAAAUGCAUAGCUACGUUCGGUAUGUGAAUUCAGAUUUGUUCGAGGGGUUUAGAAAAAAAUUAAAGAGAUUGGGGUAUUUUACGAAAUGAAUUUGUAGUUCAGAAGAAGUAAUCAAAGAAUUCGCCUCCCUUCGAAAAGGAGCAAAGACACCAGGAGAGUGGUUUCAUGAACAAGAAUGAGAUUAUGGUACCUAGUAUACUAUACACAGUUUCCAAGAAGCUGGGGUUUCAUUUUUAUACUCAUCUUUUUAUCAGAAUUGUCGGAAACAGCACACAGAGUGCAGGAUGGGCCUGUGGUUUUUUGGCCUGCUUCUUGAUGCUUGUUCGAGUCGAAUAUCAUUAUUUUUUUGUCGGCACAUGCAAAUCGCGGUUUGUUGCCUGUUCGCGGUCGGUUGCAGGUUUUACAAAAGGAUGAAAAA